AUGUCAGUGAUCGCGGUCGACUGGAAGGGUGGAUCAGGUCUCCCCUACUAUCAGGCAGCUGCAAACACACGUCUGGUGGGAGCUGAAAUAUCCAACAUGAUCAAACAUCUGCAUGCCCAGUAUGUUAUAUCUCCGAAGAAAGUACAUAUCAUAGGUUACAGUUUGGGAGCCCAUAUUGCUGGCUACGUUGGAAGAAACUUAGACAAGAUCGGCAGAAUUACAGGGUUAGACCCCGAUGAGCCGGGAUACAAAGAUACGGAUCCGUUAGUUCACCUUGACAAGACAGAUGCCGAAUUCGUUGACAUCAUACAUACCAAUGGCUCCGGGGAUUCUUCUGGUUUUGGUUGGAUGAAAGAUACUGGUCACAUUGAUUUCUAUCCUAAUGGAGGAGAAAACCAACCUGGCUGCUCUGAAAAUUUUAUGCUUUUAUUAACAGGAUAUAACAACCAGGUUGAAAUUGCCUUUGGCAAAAUGGAUUCAACCAAAGGAAAAACAAAAAUUGAAGUGAUUGGACAGGAUAGUAAGUCAGACAGUGUUGUCAUAGAGAGCAUUCACUUCUGCGGAUACAAUCAAACACUUGUAGAUGAUGGCCGUCAGCUGACAUUGUUCAAGAUGAACACUGACUGCUAA